CCCGUGACAUUAAUUUUUAAAAAGAUCAAAAGAUAAGUUAGCGACUUCUAGUUAUUACCUCCCGACAGCUCUCCAUACAAUAGCAUCCCUUGUAUCCAAGUCAGAUCCCGCUCAUUGACUCUUUGUAUUUCCAGGACUGUGUCUUUUGCUUUUUUUUUUUUGUUUCACUGGUUUUUUGGUUCUUGUUUUCUUUAUUUCAAUUCUUUUGUGGUUAAUUUUUCAAUUCUUCAUAGUCAAUUUUCAUCAAGGCUUUAUUAUAAAACCCCUUAAAUUUGGUCAAUUUUUUGACAUUGUCUCAAUUAUAUGGAUUGCUUUAACUGUGGAUUGAUUUAAGCAUGACUGAUACUUGGACUCUUCCUCGUUGGAUUACGGUGCUUUCUGGGUACUCAGCAUUCAUAUCUACGUUUAUAAUUGUUGGAAGUAUAUUGCUUCAUCUUAGAAAUUAUAGAAAGCCUUUCCAGCAAAGGCUAAUGAUAAGGAUUCAAUUGAUUGUGCCGAUCUUUGCGUUAUCGUGUUUCUCAAUGUUGACUAACCCAGACGCUUUUAUUAAUAAGUUUGUAUUUGAGCCAAUUAGAGAAAUCUAUGAAGCUUUUGUCAUUUACACUUUCUUUUCUCUCUUAACGGAUAUGUUGGGGGGUGAAAGAAAUAUCAUUAUAACCACUAGUGGUCGAGAACCAAUACCUCAUCCCGGGGGGAUGCAUUAUAUAUUUUCUGAUAUUGAUAUUUCAGAUCCUUUUAUGUUCCUAAUGAUUAAGAGAGGUAUUUUACAAUAUGUCUGGCUAAAACCCGCCAUUUGUUUUGGAACUCUUUUCACAGAAGUGAUUGGUUGGUAUGAUGUUAAUGAUGUAAGCUUGGAUAGCCCUUACGUUUGGCUAACAAUCAUUUAUAAUAUUAGUGUCACUGUUUCACUCUAUUGUUUGGCCAUUUUUUGGAAAGUCUUAUGGACCGAUUUGAAACCUUUUAAACCAGUUGGUAAAUUCCUAUGUGUUAAACUAAUCAUUUUUGCUUCCUUUUGGCAGGGGGUUUUAUUGGCUAUUCUAAAUUUUCUAAAUUUAUUACCGGGAGCUUCUCAAGAAGAAGGUGGUGCUCCAAACAUUGGUAUUUCAAUUCAAAAUGCUUUAUUAUGUAUUGAAUUAAUUGCAUUUUCAAUUGGUCAUUGGUUUUCCUUUUCUUAUAAACCUUUUACCAUUUCUCAAUUACCAACUGGAAGAAUCGAAUUUUUUUAUGCUUUAAAAGAUAUGUUUGGGAUUAAAGACUUAAUUAAUGAUUUCAAACUAACUUUCCAUGGUGAUUAUUAUAAAAAUUAUAAACAAUUUGACUCAGUUGAAGCAGUUGUUGCUCAUCCAGACUCAAAGGGUAGAAUGAGUCGUAUAAAUCAAGGUUUAAGAUAUCAUAGUGAUGGGAAACAUAAGCAUUGGUUACCAAGUACCUCUCAACACCAACCAUCCACUAUCAUACGAAGCACUUCAGAAAUAGUUUCUGUACCACUGAAUUCAAAUUUCUCUCCCUCCAUUUACUCUCCCUCCAUAAAAUCAGUCGGAACUUCCGUAAGAGGUAUCCAUUCACUAUCACCAAAUCCUUCUCCCCCAGGCUCACCAGAGCCUGGCUUGGAACCGUCAAUCACUGAAAUUUUGACUAAAGCAACAGGUGAAAACUAUGAUUAUGAAGGCUUAGAUGAAGACGAAGCAUACUAUCAAGCAGCCUCUUCAGUGAUUAAUAAUUAUAACCUUGAUCAAAUCGAAGUCAAAAGAUUACUUAAUUAUCCAAUUGUUGAUGAAAUGGUAGAUGGUCAUGUAUUUGGUUAUAAAGUAAAAAAAUUAAGAGCUGAUAGAAUGAAAAAUAACAUGAAUCAACCAAUAGUAAAGCAUUCUACUUAUGAAAGUAAUCGUUACGGAAGUAUUGUUUAGUCUUAAC